AUGUCAUCAACUGCUGGUAGAGGAAAAACAGGUGGAAAAGGUGGUAAGGGAGCCAAGAGACAUAGAAAGGCCUUGAAGGAUUUCAUCUUUGGUAUUACCAAGCCAGCCAUCCGUCGUUUAGCGCGUCGUGGUGGUGUCAAGCGUAUCUCGUUCCCAAUUUAUGAAGAGAUCCGUAACGUCCUCCGUCAUUUCUUGGAGAAUGUCAUCCGUGAUUCAGUUGCCUACACUGAACACGCCAACCGUAGAACCGUAACAGCUAUGGACGUCGUUUACGCACUUAAGAAGCAAGGUCGUACCUUAUACGGUUUCAAUGGUUAA